CCCGUCUGGUUGACCCUCCAGCGGCACGAGCGUGCGACAUUUGGGCAGGAGUCCUGGUACAGCCACUGCCGAGUCGUCGGGCGAGCGGCAGCAUGGAAGGAGCCUCGAGCAUCCCGACGCCGAGCAGCCUCGACGCGAGUGUCCUUCCGCCGAACACAGGCCGCCUCGACGCGAGCAGUCCGAGGAGCAGCCUGGAUCCCGAGCAAGCGCUUGCGCGCGCGAGCGCGCAUGCUGCCGAGGCGGUUGCCUGGCUUCGGGGCGAGCUCGAGACCGAGCGGAAGGAGCUGCAGAAGCGCCACGACGCUUUGCUCAGGGGCCUCGCCCGAGCCCUCGGGCCGGACGCGCGCGUCCGACAUAUCCAAAGCCGACCUCGCUCGUUUGAUGGACCACCGCCUUCGCAGCGGCGCACGGGCAGAGGGCUACUCCCCUCCCUGCGGACCAAGAUCGAUUCAAGCAAGAAAGGGGCCGCUCGUAUCCAGCUGCCUGAGCAGGAUGAUCACCGGCCAGCGCUUCGACUCCACCGCCACACCCGACGGCAGGGUGGUGAGGUCCACCGCCGAGCUCACGACCUUUGCCCUGCACGAGCGCGGUCUGGACGCGCCGCCUCUCGCGGCGUCUCCCGCCCUCCUCUCGUCGGCCCUGCAACUUCGGCGACCCUCCCUGGUGAAGCGCACCGCCUUCGGCAUCAUCCAGAGCCCGCUGUUCGACUACUUCAUGUCCGCCAUCAUCGUUGCAAACUGCUUGGUCAUCGGGCUGGAGAUCCAGGAGAGCGUCGGCAGCAAGACUCCGAGCUCUCCCGUGUUCCAGGCGCUGGAGCACUGCUUCCUGGCGACCUACAUCGUGGAGCUCUCGCUGCGCAUGGUCAGUGACUUGCAGGAGUGCAUCCGGAAUGCGUGGCUCCAGUUGGACAUCGCCCUUGUCGCCCUAGGCGUGGUCACGCUGUGGGUUCUGGAGCCGCUGCUGCUGAUGCAGGGGGCCGUCGAAGUGCUGGACAAGGUGCUGGUGAUCCGAAUCCUUCGCCUGCUUCGCUUUGUGCGGGCUGUCCGUUUCCUGAGGGUCAUGCAGCCGCUCUGGAAGCUGGUGAAGGGCUUGUUGGGGUCAAACGGAUCAGUGACGGCGGCCGGGGUGCUACUCUUCGGGACCAUCUACGUGUUCGCGUGUGCUGGGGUGGCCGUCAUCGGCCUGGACAAGGACCUGCUCUCCGACCCCAUUGCUGGGCACAUCGUGGCAAACCGCUUCAGGUCAAUCCCGGUGUUGAUGCUCACGCUGUUGGAGUUCACUUAUUGCGACGGGGCCUCUCAGAUCUACCAUCCUCUGGUUCGCGCGAAGCCAGUGCUGCUCUUUUACUUCUUGCCGAUUCUGCUUGUGGUGCCGAUGGCAAUCAUGAACUUGGGUCGGCGUAUUACGGCUGUGAUCGUGAAUCAUGCUAUCAAAGUUUCUUGCCAGGACGCAGAAUUGGAGCGCAUUCAAAUCAGGGGCAGGUUGGAGGCGUUGGUACCGAUUCUCAACAACUUAUUCAAGCAUCUCGAUUCAGAAGGCCAAGGGUAUAUCCGCUUUGCAGAUCUCGACCUAGCGAGGAUGGGCAUCCUGCCCAUGCCCCCCGAAGUGCUGCGUGCGCUGAAAUCAUAUAAGCUCGAAGACUUCUUCAGGCUGCUCGAUGCAGAUGGGACUGGACGGAUAACUCAAGCCGAAUGGGUCGACGGCAUGUGCUGCUUGGUCCUGGACGAGAUGCCAAUCGAGAAUUUGCAGAUGCUCCAUGUCCUCUACCGGCAGGCCAAGGACCUGAAGGACAUCAAAUCGGUGCUGCUGCCCCGCAUGCACACCUCAACGUCUCGGUCGGAGGCGUCCUCUGAUGCCUGACUUAGGCGCCCAGGUUCUCUCGUCGUGCUCGAGGAUAUACAGUCAACCCGCAUAGUGAGGAAGAGCGAUUUUCCAAGGUUGCCCUUGCAGCCUUCCCACUCGGCCCAUCCUUGGCCGCGUUCGCUGGCCGCGCCUGGUCAACAGAGUGCCGACAUGGCUUGCCAAGGCCCUUCCUUCCUCAUGUUGUCGUUUUCUAAUUCAUUGUUUUGGACGCACAGCUGCAAACGGCCACACUAAGCAGAGGUCCAGAUCCAGCCCCCCCUCACCUCCCCCUCCUCCUUCCGCAC